AGGGUGAUGGGAGAGAAAAUACACUGUGUCCUUAUUUCUGAGCUCCGUCGGGAUACAUACUUCUUGGAGCUUUCUAUUUAGAUGUUGCUGCUAUCGAGAGCGAGAGAGGGAGCGAGAGAUAGAAUGAGAGAGAGAGAGGGAUUAUUAUUAUGCAUUUGUGUGUCUAAUUCAUUCUCUCCCCGUGUCUGACAUCCUCAUUUUCUUCCCGUGUGUGUCCCGUUUGUCCUCACCCUUACACCCAUUCUACUUCUUCUGGUAUAAACGACACAUGAAAAAACAACAUGUUUAUAGAUGCUAUUAAUUAAUAUGUAAAACUAAUUAAGUAUCUACAUAUUUUGUCUCCAAUUUCCUCUCUAUCUCUCUACGGCUCUCUGUCACUCUUUCUCUCUAUGGCUCUCUGUCACUCUUUCUCUCUAUGGCUCUCUGUCACUCUUUUUCUCUAUGGCUCUCUGUCACUCUUUCUCUCUAUGGCUCUCUGUCCCUCUUUCUCUCUAUGGCUCUAUAUCUCUCUCUCUCUCUCUCCUCUCUUUGUGUCAGAUGGUGAAGACGACCCCGCCGGUCUCAACUGGGUGCCCUCUUCCCCGUCCAGCAAGGACAUGGCCUCCCCCUCCCAGCACGGCUGCGGUGACCUGGGCCCCGGUGAGGAGGAGGGGGGCGCCGGCCUGCCCUACCCCUGCCAGUUCUGCGACAAGUCUUUCAGUCGUCUGAGCUACCUGAAGCGCCACGAGCAGAUCCACAGUGACAAGCUGCCCUUCAAGUGCACCUUCUGCAGCCGGCUGUUCAAGCACAAGAGGAGCAGAGACCGCCACGUCAAGCUGCACACAGGUGACAAGAAGUACAGCUGUCAGGAGUGUGAGGCGGCCUUCUCUCGCUCCGACCAUCUCAAGAUUCACCUCAAGACUCACAGCUCCAGCAAGCCCUUCAAGUGCAGCGUGUGCAAGCGUGGCUUCUCCUCCACCUCCUCACUGCAGAGCCACAUGCAGGCUCACCGCAAGAACCGAGAGCACCUGGCCCUGAGGGCGGAGCGGGACGGGGGCCGGAAGGGCGGCGGCGGCGGCGAGGGGGACCUGGACCAGGACCUCUACAUGUGUGACUACUGCGAGGAGACCUUCAGCCAGACGGACGAGCUGGAGAGACACGUGCUGACCCGCCACCCCCAGCUGUCGGACCGCGCCGACCUGCAGUGCAUCCACUGUCCCGAGAUCUUCCUGGACGAGGCGUCGCUGCUCACCCACAUCGAGGCGCAGCACGCCAACCGCAAGCACAAGUGCCCGGUCUGUCUGGAACAGUUCCCCUCCGUGGAGGAUGUCUACUGCCACCUGGACAGCCACCGCCAGCCUGACUCGUCCAAUCACAGCGCGGCCAGCCCGGACCCGGCGCUGGGCAGUGUGGCGUCCAUGAGCUCGGCCACGCCCGACUCCAGCGCCAGCCUGGAGAGGGGCUCCACGCCCGACUCCAUCCUGAAGACCGGCCGGGGCGCGGAGCGAGGCCGCCGGCGGGGCGCGGAGAGCGGGGAGGACUUGGUGCUGAACCUGGGUCAUCUCGCCGGAGGUGGGCACUGGUCCAAGGUCACCUACUCCUGCCCCUACUGCUCCAAGAGGGACUUCCACAGCCUGGCGGUGCUGGAGAUCCACCUGAAGACCAUCCACGCCGACAAGCCCCAGCAGAGCCACACGUGCCAGCUGUGUCUGGACACGCUGCCCACCCUCUACAACCUCAACGAGCACGUGCGCAAGGCUCACCGUGGCAACGGGGGCGGCGGCGGCGGCGGCGGCGGCGGCGGCGGCGGGGGUCCGGUGGCCACGGCGGCCGCGGCCUUCCCCCUGCUGCAGUUCACCAACGUGUCGGCGUUCCACUGCAACUACUGCCCCGACAUGUUCGGAGACAUCAACUCCCUGCAGGAGCACAUCCGCGUGUCCCACUGCCUCCCCGGGGGGGUCAUGGCCGGCUCCACCACGCUAGGUGGGUUCGAGGGGAACCACGCCUUCUUCUGCAACCAGUGCUCCAUGGGCUUCCUGACGGAGUCGUCGCUGACGGAGCACAUCCAGCAGACCCACUGCAACUCUGCUCUGGGGGGAGGGGCUGCGUCUGGCGGGGGCGUGACCAAACUGGAGUCCCCGGUGCUUCAGUCUGCAUCUCAGUCCUUCAUGGAGGUCUACUCCUGCCCGUACUGCACCAACUCCCCCAUCUUCGGCUCCCUGCUCAAGCUCACCAAGCACAUCAAGGAGAACCACAAGAACAUCCCUCUGGCCAACAACAAGCGGCAGGCCAAGAUGGCGGACCUCAGCCCCGCCUCCUCCGACGUGGAGAUCUCCUCGCCCAAGCGCCACCGCUUCGGCGGCGACUCGGCCGGCUCCAACGGCGACUACCCCUGCAACCAGUGCGACCAGCGCUUCUCCAGCUUCGAGGGCUUCCAGGCCCACCUCAAGUCCCACCUGGAGCAGCUGCUGCGGCGGCAGUCCUGCCCGCAGUGCAACAAGGAGGACUUUGAGUCGCAGGAGGCCCUGCUGCAGCACCUGACGGUGCACUACACCACCACCUCCACGCAGUACGUGUGCGAGAGCUGCGACAAGCAGUUCACCUCGGUGGACGACCUGCAGAAGCAUCUGCUGGACAUGCACACCUUCGUGCUGUACCACUGCACCCUGUGCCAAGAGGUGUUCGACUCCAAGGUGUCAAUACAGGUGCACCUGGCGGUGAAACACAGCAACGAGAAGAAGAUGUUCCGGUGCACGGCGUGCGCAUGGGACUUCCGGAAGGAGUCGGACUUGCAGCUCCACGUCAAGCACAGCCACCUGGGCCAGAGCAACAUUCUCCCGGGGGGCAUCAGCGCAGGACUAAAGCCUCGCAAGUGCAUCUUCUGCGGGGAGACGUUCGGGACCGAGGUGGAGCUCCAGUGCCACAUCACCACGCACAGCAAGAAGUUCAACUGCCGCUUCUGCGGCAAGGCCUUCCAGGCCAUCACCCUGCUGGAGCGCCACCUGCGGGAGAAGCACUGCAUGACGGACGGCGGGAAUGUCAUCACCUGCAACAGCAGCGGCGCCGGCAGCCAGAACGGCACGCCCAACGGCGUGGCGCAGCCCUCCAACAAGCGCGGCGGCGGCGGGCCCACCGGGAACGGGGGCGGGGCCGAGAGGACCUCAGUGGCGGCGGCGGAGCAGGCGGACCUCCAGAACAUGAUGCUGAAGAACGCGGCGGCGGCGGCGGCGGCGGCGGCGGCAGGGGGGGGAGGGGACGCGGCCAACAGCCACGAGGCCAGCGGCGGGGAGGAGGAGCUGGACAACGCCGAGCCCAUGUACGCCUGCGACAUCUGCGGCGCGGCGUACACCAUGGAGUCCCUGCUGCAGAACCACCGCCUGCGAGACCACAACAUCCGCCCCGGGGAGGACGACGCGGGCACUCGCAAGAAGAAGGCCGACUUCAUCAAGGGGAACCACAAGUGCAACGUCUGCUCCCGCACCUUCUUCUCCGAGAGCGGCCUGCGGGAGCACGCGCAGACGCACCGCGGCCCCGCCAAACACUACAUGUGCCCCAUCUGUGGAGAACGAUUCCCCUCCCUGCUGACGCUCACUGAACACAAGGUCACCCACAGCAAGAGUCUGGACACGGGGACGUGCCGCAUCUGCAAGAUGCCACUGCAGAGCGAGGAGGAGUUCAUCGAGCACUGCCAGAUGCACCCCGACCUGCGCAACUCGCUCACGGGCUUCCGCUGCGUGGUCUGCAUGCAGACGGUCACCUCCACGCUGGAGCUCAAGAUCCACGGCACCUUCCACAUGCAGAAGCUGUCGGCCGGGGCCACGCUGGGGGGAGGCGGAGGAGGAGGAGGAGGAACCGGAACAGGAGGAGGAGGAGCUGGAGGAGGGGGAGUGGGCGCUGGCGGCGGCUCCACCUCUUCGUCGCCCAACGGGGCUCUGAUGCAGCAACACAAGUCCUACAAGUGCGCCCUGUGUCUCAAGGAGUUCAAGAACAAGGGCGAGCUGGUGAAGCUGGACGUCAACGGCCUGCCCUACGGCCUGUGCGCCAGCUGCAUGACCAGGAGCACAAACGGCCAGAGCCCCACACAGGGAGGGGCUCUCACGCCAGGGGAUGCCCAGUUGGAGAAGCCUAUGUCUGGGCUCAGGUGCCCAGAGUGUGGGGUGAAGUUCGAGAGCUUGGAGGACCUGGAGAGCCACGUGCAGACGGACCAUCCCGAGGUCAGCCCAGAUAGCCUGGGGAAGAAAGCAGAGGCAUCGCCCGCGCCCAAGAAAAAGACCUACCAAUGUAUUAAAUGCCAAAUGACGUUUGAGACGGAGAGAGAGAUCCAGAUCCAUGUGGCCAAUCACAUGAUCGAAGAGCCCGCCGGACGGCAAGGUUUGUCCCCUCUCUGUCUCCUUAGUCUGCACCGUGCGCUUGUGGCGGCAUGCUGCUGCCUGCCCAUCACCAUCUCAUUUAUUCUGGUUCCCAACCCGACCCCCCCUGUUCUUAGACGGAUGAGGCCGUCUGUGUUUGGACUCUGAAGCACGGUCGGCAGUUUGUUAGCGCUUUGCACUCAACUGCGUUGAAUCAUUCUUAAAAAUAAUCUGGCCAAUGCCUGCUACAAGUUAAACCAAUGCUUGAGAAUGUCUAGGCUAUUUCGCGUUAGAGCAUCAUUCGUGCGUUCAUUUUGAUCGUCAGCGUAGACGGCUGGAGACGGCUCAAACCGAAUCAGAGCCAGAGAGGAACAGUGCUUGGACAGAAUGAGGAUCAGAGUUGCGCCCCCAUCGAGGCCAACCCCAGCCACCAGGCUUCCCUCAAUCCCCUUCCCCUUGCUCCACCGCAACUCUGCAUUCACCUGAACCCAACCCUGCUCCUUUUCUGCAUGCGUCUUAUUCCCUAGACCCCCACGUUCACUCACAUGGACACGGACACUCGCACACAUGGACACAUACGGACACGCACACAA